GACAAAGCUGUCAUCAGUUGCUACUGCCUGUAAGUGAUUUAUUUAUGUAAUUAAGUCUGUAGCUCAGCGCUCAUUCAUUUGCACUAACAAUUAUCCUCACUAUAUUCUUUGUGUAUGCUAUAUAUUUAAUUAUGCAGAAUGAAGAAGCUCGAAUGCAAAAGAGGCAAGCUCCUACCGCUGGGGUUCAUGGACCCAGACACAGUUCAUGAAGUUACGGUUCGAGACUUCGCCAAGGACACAGAGGACAACAUGGUAAUGUUUUUAGUGAAGCAAGCAAACAAAGAGGAAAUAUUCUUUCCCUACAACUUCAAAUUCCACUUUAUUCUCCUUAUCAUUGAUCUUCACAAAGGAGUUGUAAAGGUCAUGGACUCGAAACGUAAAGAAUAUGCGGAAUGGGCGGACAUGGCUGUCAUCCUUCAGAGGGCUUGGAAACGGUUCAUCACUACUGUUCCGGGUAAAUGGAAACCGGAGCUUACAUUUGAAGAUUACCCUUGUAUGUGGCAGGAACGCGGGAAUAACUUAUGUGGAUACUACGUCUGCACCUUCAUUCGUGACAUGACCUGUCCCAAGGGUGGGGAUGCCCAAAUACAUGACACUCGUGUACGAUAACAAAUUCUCACAAUUAUCUUAAUUAGUACCAUCUAUUGUAUUGAUUUCCAUUCAUAUAUUGAUCUCCUUUUUUAAAUAUAGAUGAUACGCCUGCGGGGCACUCUUAUAACGGAGGAUCAAAUACGAGCAAUUCAAGAGGAACUCGCGGGAUUCUUUCUUACCGAGUGCAUUACCCCAGGUGGAGAGCACUAUGCGAAGGUCAUAGCUAGGUGUUGAGCAACUUUGUAGAAGCUAAUAGAUUUAGUAAAGAGAUCCGACUUGAUAUGCAUGCAUUACGUGUACUGUUGACGAUGUCUAUAUAUAUUCACGACGAUUUUUUGUGGUUUCUUGAAUGAUAUAUAUGCAUUGCUGAAACUCAGCCGCGGCAGAGAAACGCCCUGUUUUUCUGCCGCGGCAGAGAAACGCUGCUGCACCCUAAACCUGUGCCGCGACAGAGAAAUAGCAAUUCUCUGCCGCGGCAGAGUACCACAGGCCCGGUUCGUACCACGAACCGGGACCAAAGGCCUUCCACCGCGAGCUCCCUGGCCGCACCACGUGGCGCAGCUUUUAGGCCCGGUGCCUUUUUGAACCGGGACUAAAGGGGGGGACCUUUAGUCCCGCCUAAUUGGUCCCGGUUUGGAAACCGGGAC